AUGGUGCACCGCAUGCAGAAACAGAAUCAAAACAGCCAUGCCCUACCAAGUUCAAAAGCCAGAAACGGAAGCAAAGGAAAUAAAGCGCACAAGCAUAAAGAGGUGCAUAAAGAUGUUCAUAAAGACGUGCAUAAAGACUUAUAUCAGUGGUAUGUUAGUAACAACAUCGAGGAGAAAAAAAAGGUAAACGCUGACAUUGAAAAAAAUAAAGAAAAAUAUUUCGAAGAUGUUAUACUAAGUAAGAAUAUAGAAGAGUACAUUAAUGUUAUAUGUAGGAUUAAAAACACAUCUAGGGGGAAGGAAGACGAAGGGAUUGAAACAAACAUAACUAAUGAUAAAAGCACGGAUGUUAUAAAAAAGGUAUCCUACAAUAAACUAGUAAUAGAUACCUAUCAUUUGGGAGGGAAGAGCACUGUAAAUUUUGAAUACACGUAUGAUCGAGUGUACGAUAUAGAAAAUAACAAUCAGAUGAUAUUCAACGAUUAUAUUAAGAAUAACAUAAAAAAUAUAUUCCAAGGUAUAAACUGUAGUAUAUUAGCAUAUGGUCAAACAAACAGUGGAAAGACAUAUACAAUGUUAGGCAAUUUUGAAUUUUUACAUAACCUAUUCCAUUUAUGUACAGAAAAUAAAGAUAAUACGCAUAGUACACAUAGUACGCAUAGCUUGCAUAAUACACGUAAUAGAUACAUUAACACAGGGGAUGCCUAUGACCAAAGUAGUAAAGAUGGUCAUAAUAUGGCCAUAACGUACGAAGAACUGUCAAACUGUAUCACGAACGAACCAAACAAUAUAGGCUUAAUAACUCUAUGUAUUAAUUACAUUUUCAAUUAUAUAAAUUUUCAUAGAUAUAAAAACAGCGGAGGAUUGGUAGAAAAAGAAAGAAGAAAAGAAUUUGUUGUUACCUUGUCCAUUUUAGAAAUAUACAAUGAAGUGAUAUAUGAUUUAAUAAGUGGUGAAAGCAAUUUAUCAGUACAUAUGAUUGAUUCAAACAAAAAUGAAUUUGUCAUAAAAAAUUUGCAAGAGGUCGAGAUAGAAAAUGUUAUUAGUGCACUAUAUUAUCUAGAACAAGGUGUUAAUAAUAGAAAAAUUGCUUUUACUCAUAUGAAUAAAGCAUCAUCUAGAUCCCAUCUAAUUUUUAUCAUCAAAAUAAAUAGAUAUAUCCAUGAAACCAAUACUAUACGAUGUGGUAAGCUCUGUCUAGUAGACUUAGCAGGUAGUGAAAGACUAAAACAGACGAAAGCUACUGGAUCGGUUAAAAUAGAAACUACUAUGAUUAAUAAAAGCUUAACAGUUCUUAGCAAAGUUAUAAAUGCUUUAGCCGUUAUGCAGAUAAAGGAAAAAAUGAUAGAAAAACGUAGUCAUGAUAAAGCAGACGAGAUGAUGAUAAUAAAGCAUAAUUUAGAAAAGGUCCAUAUUCCAAAUAGUGAUCAGAGUAAAGAUGAAACAAUGGAUGAUGAACAUUUAUCUGAUAAACAUGAACCUGGAAAUAAUGGUCCAAAACAAAAUUCUACUACAAUGAAGAAGGCAAAAUAUGAUGCGAAUCAUAAUGUCAAUGUUGUUCAUAUUCCUUAUAGGGAUUCCAAAUUAACUAGAGUACUGUCAGAUAGCUUAGGAAACAAUUGUAAAAGCAUACUUAUAUGUACCUUGUCAUCGAAACUUCAAUAUCUGAACGAAACAGCAUCAACUAUUAAGUUUGCUCAGAGAGCGAAAAUGGUAAAAGCUAAGCCAGUUAUACGUGAGGAAAAAGUAAAAAUUGAAAAAGAAGAAAAUAUAAAGGAAAAUAAAACAACAGAUCAUCAUAUAGAUAGUCAAAAUAAUAAUUCAAAUGAAAAAAAAAUAGAUAUAUUCUUUAAUUUUAAUAAAAAUCAUAUAACUAAAGAUAUUAUUUUUUUUUCCUUGAGUUUGUGUAUUUUUAGUUACAUCUGUGGAUUCAAAUGUACAGGAAAAGUAAAAUAUUUAGACUUCUUCAUAGAAUCAUAUAAAAACAAAAUUAACAUAAUAAAAGAACAACUCAAUAAAGGUACUAACAGUAGUACUGAUAUUAAUGAAUGCAUAUUAAAAACAUUUGACGAACUGAAAUUAUUAACACAUGAAGAAAAGGAAAAUUUUAUCAAAUCAAACCAGGCAAAAACACAAGAUGGCAAGCACACUCCUGCUUCCGAACAUACCCACUCGAGUAAAUUCAGAGUGAAUGCCGAUGAGACAAGCAGCACCACCAAGACUACUACCACCUCCAUCGCAGCUACAGCUACAGCUACUUCCACUGCUACUUCUACCGCUACUUCCACUGCUACUUCUACCGCUACUACCACUGCUAAUACUACCGCUGCUAAUACUACCGCUGCUACUACUACCUCUGCUAUCACCACUGCUACUACUACUACUACCACUGCUAUCACCACCACCACCACUACUAGCUCCACUAACGACAACAGCAUCAUGCGUAACAGGGGAUGCAACUUGGAUGGCACAGAUCUGGGAGAUCUGAGUGAACCGGGCCAACCGAACCAAAUGGAUGAAAGCAAGAACUUGAUCAAUAAAGCAGAAAAAGAUAACCAUCAAACGGAAGAGGACGAUCCGUUAAUUGGCGAUAUAUUAGUAAAAAUGAAAAACGAUAUUUGUAAUAUUCUAAAAUUUAAUAUAGCUAGCUUAAAGAGUACCGUAAAAGCAGAGGACCCAAUUUUUGAUGAAAUUCUAGAUAUAGUAAAUCAUGUGAAAGAGAAUAAUAGCAUUUUUUUACUAAAUGGAUUGAAUGAAAUUGAAGAAAAUGUAGAGGAGGAACAAGAAGACGAGGCAAGCAGAACCACACUGCCAUAUAAUGAUGACGAAAAUAUUUUUAAAAAUAAAAAUCAGAACAAAGCUAUAAAGGACCUAGAUAUAUUAAGUAAGAAAAAAAAAAAAGAAAAAUUAAAUUUUUGCACAAAGGUUAAUAAUAACAAUAGUAACAGCAACAUCAACAGCUAUAGUAAUAAUAACUCGGAAGGAAUGAACGACAAAACGGCAAUGAUGAGGACCAAAGCGGAGAACGUAAAUAAGCAAGAUGAACGAGAAGCAUUUUACUAUAAAUACUUCGCUCAAAAUAUUCUAAGCAUAAAAAAUAUACAGAAUAUAUUUGAGUAUGUAAAUAAUAAUUACGCCAAAUUUAUAAGUGACUUUACGACUGAUAAAAGUAGUGUAUUUACAAAUCUCGACUUAAAGGAAAAUUUAGAUAAACAAGUUAUAGAAAAGAAUAAUACUAUAUACAAUUUUAUACACUCAGCUACUAUGUUUCAGCAUAGCAGCACUUUAAAAAAUUUAAAUAGUAAUUACUUUAUAAAUAAGGUACAGACCGAAUUUUACAACACGUAUAAUCAAGGUCAAGAUCACCACAAUUAUAAUUUGAAAUGUGUGAAAACCAUUCAUGAUAUGGAAAACAAAGUGCUCAGUGAAAACACAGGUACACAUAAUUCUCUAUUUCAACCAAAAAAAUAUAUUUCGAUUAAAGAUAUCCAGCCUAGUGGUUCAUCUGAUGGGUGUGAUACUCCUCAAGGUGGAAGUAAAAACGUCAAAUUUGCAACUCAGCAGGGAAAUGCUCCAACAUCCUCCACAGCUUAUGGUACAGAAGGUGAUAUGACUACUUCUACAUCUGUCGGCAUGGUACUAAACAAUUAUAAUAGCAAAGGACCAUGCGUCAUAACUAAUAACUGCAAUAGCAAUACACGAAAAACAGUAACACUCAGUGACGAAUAUAACAACAAUAGGGAUAAUGAAAUAAGAAAAGACUACACCACCACUUCAGAUGGUAUUCAUGUUUUACAUAAUGAUAAAGAAAUAGUUGAAUUUUCAAAAAUGCUAGAUAACAAAGACUUCAAAAUGUUGUAUGAUUAUUUAACUGAAAAGGAUAACAAAAAGGAAGAAAACGUUUUUAUAAAACGAGAAGAAGCUAACCUUGGGGAUUUAAGUGAGCUAGAAUCGCGGAUAAACAACGAGAUUAAAAAAAUUAACGAUAACAUUAGUGUCGACAUUUGUUCUAGUGCACACAGACGAGCACACAAAUCGAGCGAAAGGAAAAAAAAAAUGAUGAAGACAGAAAACACUGGAUGGUGCAAAAAUGGUAAUAAUAAUCACAUCGAUAAGCACAAGGACAUAUACAACGAAAACCUGAACAACAUUGACAUUUGCUACCUCGAAAAGAAGAGAAGCACCAAUUUGUUCUUCAAAAGGUUACUAGAUCUGAUUAGAAAUUUCUUCCAGAAAAAAGAUGCAAUCAGAGAACCCGUUGAAAUAAAAACUACAGACAUUAUUGACAAUGAACUUUUAAAUAAUAAGAAAUUAUUUGAGAAAAAUUUAGAGUCUUACAAUAUUAGAAAUUUUCAAAUUAACAACAAAAAAAUUUAUCUUCUAAACGAAACGGAAUAUGCACACUUGAAGGACUUAAUAAACUACAAAAAUAAAAUGCUAUCCUUUUUGAACUGCGAAUAUAGAAAGUGUAAGUUAUCACCUCAUACUGUCUAA